AUGACAAUUCGCUCUUCUUUCCAAUCAGCAAGAAGACUUGUAACGCUUACAAUUCCUUCAGUGAUCCUACUUUUGCUUCAUCUUAUUGAGCAAACGACAGCGUUUCAGCAGCAGCAUUCAGGAAGUUCCUUUUCCUUCAGACAACACCAAGUAUCAACAUUCCACUACCCUGUAACAACAUGUCCGUUGUCAGCUCCUGAUGCUGCCGUUCUUGACACGGCAGAUGAUUCUACACAGGAGGGCGAGAUACAGCUUGAGUAUGACUGGGAUGAGCAAUUUCAGGAGCUAUUGUCCUUCAAGGAACAAUAUGGCCACUGCAACUUUCCGCAAAAUGCUCCCGACAAUCUGACACGCGAAUUUCCAACAUUGGCAAAAUUCUGUCAUGAUCAGAGACUCGAAUACAAGCAGUUCAAAAUAAAAGGGCUCACGAGCCUACGGCAGUUUGAUCGUAAGGUUCGCUUUCGUCUAUUGAAGGACAAUGGAUUCGAGUUCAACAUGCGUAGAACACUGUGGUAUGACAAGUACCACGAGCUCGUGAAAUAUCGUCGCGUCAAUGGGGAUCUUAAGGUGAAACCUAGCGAUAAUACCCUAUACGAAUGGUUAUUGGACCAACGGGCGAGGCGUAAGGGUGUAAAUGGAUAUACGAGUCUUUCCAAUGCCCAAGUGGAACUGUUGGAUGAUAUCGGAUUCGAAUGGGUACCUAACCCUUUGGAUGAUGAAUGGAUGGCAAAGUACAACGAGCUUGUUGACUUUCGCAAUAAGCAUGGGCACCUUUGGGUGCCAGCUGGUUCGCCGAUUUAUUUGUGGAUGAGGCGUCAGAAAAGGCGGCGUGCUGGGAGAGGUAGGGCUCUCUCUGAGGAUCAAAUACGAUUGUUGGAUGACAUUGGAUUCUCGUGGCAGAACGAGCGGUAUGAUAAAAAGUGGCACGCCAAGUAUGACGAGCUAGUAAGGUUCAAACAGACUCAUGGUCACUGUCAGCCAAAGCAAGGGCGGACCAACAGACAGACAGAGAGUAUAUAUCAAUGGACAAUCGAUCAGCGCAGGAAGCGCGACGAAGGACGCCUUUCCGAGAAGCAAAUCAAGCUCUUGGACGAGAUUGAAUUUCCUUGGAAAGGAAUUUACUCGGAGUGGAAAAUAAUGUUCGCCGCGCUGCUUCAAUACUACAAAGAGCAUGAUAAUGUUCAGGUCGAUCGCGACAAUGACUCUACUCUCUACGAAUGGAUGACCAUUCAACGACAACGAUAUCACGGACCUGUAACAAAUGGCUUGUCCAAUGAACAAAUCGAGAAACUGGAAAGCCUAAACUUUAGCUGGUCUCUAGAUUGGAAGGAAAGGACGUGGCAUGAGACAUAUGCCAAGAUUGUGGAGUAUUAUAAGCAGAAUGGUCAUGUGCAAGUGAACAAGAAGGACAAUCCCAGCCUUUAUAAUUGGAUCCAGGUACAAGGCAAGAGGUACAGGGGAAUGAAGGGACAGAAGCCAUUGUCGCAGGAAGAGCUGGAGCUUUUGGAACAGAUUGACUUUUCUUUCUUUGAAGACCAGCCUCGAACGACGUGGAAUGCGAUAUUUGCUGAACUAAAUAGAUACCGAACGGAGCAUGAUGGAAACUUCCCGACUCACAAAGAUGAUCCCAAUCUCUACCGUUGGAUGCGACAGCAACGAAUGAGACUGAGAGGUGCGUAUGGUCAUGUUCCGCUAUCUAAUGAUCAACGGUCACAUUUGGAGAGCAUUGACUUUCCCAUUCUACCAAAUGGGCGCGAAGCAAGAGGCUGGUACGCACAUUAUGAUGAGAUAGUGGAGUUUGCGAAUCGGCAUGGAAAUUUUUUGGUAGACUCCAAGGAAUACACGUCCCUUUAUAAAUGGGUGGAUAAACAACGCAUGAGGUACAAGGCAACUUCCAGUGUGCGUCAGAGACCAUUGAUAAAACCGGAAAUUUACCUUUUGGAGCGAAUCGGGUUUCCUUGGACAUCGGACCGUUACGACGUCGAAUGGCAAAUACGGUACAACGAGCUUGUUCAGUUUCGGAAGGAACACGGGCAUCUCCGAGUUCCACGCAAAGAAUACCAGGGUCUUUACCACUGGGUGAUAAGGCAGCGAGCAAAAUACGACGGAAGGCCAUAUGAAAACUUUAAAGCGGAGUUAUCAACACUGCAAAUUCAGCAGCUGGAAGAGAUUGGCCUUUAUCGGAAAGCAUAG